GCGCCUCCGGAAAAGAGAUCCUAUGAGUGGUACUUCCCGGAGACGGGCGAACGCCUACACCUUGGCUUGCAUGACGCCAAGGAAGAGGAGGAUCUGUGGAUUUUUCUUCGCCAGCUCACGGGGCUGGAAAACAUGGAAGCGGCCAAGGAGUUUGCGUGGAACAACGCAGGAACUUCUGGCCUGGAGGCCUUCGGACUUAUCCUGAAGAUCUAG